UUCAAAUCAUGGCUAUCACAAUCAAAUCACGAUUUCCACUUUUGUUGUUGCUGGGAAUUAUUUUCCUAGCUUCAGCUUGUGCUUCUUACGAACAGAGGAGCCCCUCCAAUAGAGUACUCAACUAUCAUGAGGGAGAGGAGCGACAACCACAACGUGAAAGAGGUCGCCAAGAGGGCGAGAAGGAGGAAGAAAAAUGGAGACCUCGACAUGAUUGGGAGGAAGAUGAGAGAGAGAAGCGACAACCUCAACGUGAAAGAGGUCGCCAAGAGGGCGAGAAGGAGGAAGAACGCAGAGAAAAACACUCUGAAAAAUGGAUACCUCGACAUGAUUGGGAGGAAGAUGAGGGAGAGGAGCGCCAACCUCGACGUGAAAGAAGUCGCCAAGAGGGCGAGAAGGACGAAGAGCGCAGAGAAAAACAUUCUGGAAAAUGGAGACCUUCACAUGAAUGGGAGGAAGAUGAGGGAGAGGUGCGCCAACCUCGACGUGAAAGAAGUCGCCAAGAGGGCGAGAAGGAGGAAGAACGCAGAGAAAAACACUCUGGAAAAUGGAGGCCUUCACAUGAGUGGGAGGAAGAUGAGGAGGAGAAACGAGAAGAUGAAGAGUGGAGAGGAAGUCGUCGUUAUGAAGAUCCUGAAGAGAGGGCGAGGCUGAGGUAUAGAGAGGAGAGAAGGGAAAAGCAGCAAGAAAAAGAAUGGGAGAAAACGGAUAGACGUAGACACCAUGGAAGUGAAGAAGAGGAAGAAGAAGAAGAAGGAGGUUCUUCUUCAGAGUCACAAGGACGAAGAAACCCCUUUUUCUUUAGGUCUAACAAGUUUCAAACACUCUUUGAGAACGAAAACGGUCACAUUCGUCUCCUCCAAAGGUUCGACAAACGUUCCAAUUUAUUUCAAAAUCUUCAAAACUACCGACUUGUGGAGUACAAAGCCAGACCCCACGCCAUCUUCCUCCCUCACCACAUAGAUGCUGACUUCAUCCUUGUGGUCCUCAGUGGGAAAGCCAUACUUACUGUGUUGAAUCCAAACAAUAGAAACUCAUUUAACCUUGAGCGUGGUGAUACCAUUAAACUACCUGCGGGCACAACUGCUUAUGCAGUUAACCAAGACGAUAAUGAAGAUCUUAGAAUAGCAGAUCUCGUCAUACCUAUUAACAGGCCUGGUAAAUUUCAGUCUUUUUCCCCAUCUAGAAGUCAAAACCAACAAUCAUACUUCCGCGGAUUCAGCAAGAAUAUUUUAGAGGCCUCAUUCAAUGCUAGAUAUGAGGACAUAGAGAAGGUUCUCUUAGAAGAGGAGCCACAACAAAGGAGAGGCCAUAAGCAGAGACAACAAAGCCAAGAAGCAGAUGCAAUAGUUAGAGUGUCAAGGGAACAAAUUGAAGAACUAAGAAGACAUGCAAAACCAAGCUCAAAGAAAAGUGCUGCAUCAUCUGAAUCAGAACCAUUCAACUUGAGAAACCGCAAUCCGAUCUAUUCCAACAAGUUUGGCAAGUUCUUUGAGACUAAUCCAGAGAAAAGCCCACAACUUAAAGACUUGGAUAUAUCUGUUAGUUCGGUGGAGAUCAAUGAGGGAGCUUUGCUGCUACCACACUACAAUUCACGGGCCGUAGUUGUAUUAUUGGUUAAUGAAGGAAAAGGUAACCUUGAACUCGUGGGUCCAAACAGUGAACAACAAGAGCAAGAAGAAGACGAGGAGGAGCAACAAGAGUGGGAAGAGGAACAAGAUCAAAACAAACGAGUACAGAGGUACAAAGCGAGGUUGUCUCGAGGCGACGUUGUUGUAAUUCCGGCAGGUUAUCCACAUGCCAUAAAAGCUUCCUCGGAUCUCUAUUUACUUGGAUUUGGUAUUAAUGCUGAGAACAACCAAAGAAACUUUCUUGCAGGUGAGGAGGACAAUGUGAUAAGUCAAAUAGAGAGGCCGGUAAAAGAGGUUGCAUUCCCUGGAUCAGCUCAAGAGGUUGAUAGACUAAUAAAGAACCAAAAACAAUCUCACUUUGCAAAUGCUAGACCUGAGGAGGAGAGUCAGAAAAGAAGGGGUCCCCUAUCUUCAAUUUUGGCCACUUUUUACUGAGUAAUCAACUAUGAAAAAUAAUGUGUGUUUAUGAUGUAAAAGCUAGAUAGCUCAUAAUGAGCUAAGAAUAAAUAAUGGGUCUUGU